AUGAUAUCAUUAAAUGUGGCUAUUACGAAGUUUUUGAAGGCUGUUGAAGCUAGCAGCUCAUCACCUGUAGUGCAGUGGUUUCUGAGAAUACUGGCAUUAAGUCAAGCAAUUUUGCCGGCUGGUUGGCCCCCUGAUUACUAUUUAUUGGAUCAUGAAAUGUUUGACUUCGUGGUGGUAGGAGCUGGGUCAGCUGGUGCGGUGGUGGCUGCUCGUCUAAGCGAGGUCCCUUAUUAUCGUGUACUGCUGAUUGAAGCUGGUGGUGAUCCACCAUUAGCCAGUGUGAUACCCAGUUUAUUCGUUACUCUAACGGGCACUGAAUACGACUGGGGAUAUAAAGUCAAGUUUGAUGAUGGCAUUGGUGGAAUCUACAGAAACAAAGAAAUGCCAAUCAUUCGUGGUAAGAUGCUUGGGGGAUGCUCAUCUCUCAAUUAUGAGAUGUAUUCUAGGGGAGAGGCAAAAGAUUAUGACGGAUGGAACCAAGUGGCCCAGGGAUGGGAUUGGGAAAAUACCCUAUAUUAUUUCAAGAAGUUAGAAAACAUGACUGAUCCUACUGUGACGCACAACCCUUAUUAUUCUUAUUUUCAUUCCACACAAGGGCCUGUAAAGAUAUCAAGAGCGGCAGGGAAUGAUUACUUUGAUAAAGUCAACGAAAAUAUACUAAGUGCUUACGAAGAGAUAGGACUAAAAAGAUUAGUGGAAUUGGACGGUCCAUACACCUUAGGAGCAUCCGUACCACGUUGGACUUUCCAUAAUGGUAGACGAUCUAGUACAGUAGAGAGUUAUUUGCGUCCAAACGCACAUAGAAAAAAUUUAUUUGUUGCUAAGUACACCAGAGCGAUUAAAAUUUUGAUAAAUCCAACUGAUAACACGGCUUAUGGCGUUGAAGUAAUAAGUAAAUCUGGUAAAUUAAAAAAAGUGUAUGCUAAAAAAGAUGUUAUAUUAUCAGCAGGAAGCAUAGACACACCAAAACUUCUAAUGCUUUCUGGUGUUGGACUCAAAGAGGAGUUGGAAAAGCAUUUUAUAGAGACUCUGGUUGAGUUACCUGUUGGAAUUAAUAUGCAGGAACAUGCGUUAAUUCCAUUAGUGUUUUCUAGUGAAAGAGGCCUAGGAUCAGCCGUGCAACAUGUUUUUUCUGCGACCGAAUUAAACUCCAUACCUGUACCAAUACAAAACGCAUUCUUUAAUAUAGAUAGACUAGAUGGUAAAAGACAGUUUCAAAUUUCUAAUACACACGUUGGUGCUUUUGCUUCACCUAUGAUCCAAAUCGGAUGUGAAACUUUGAAUAUGGAAACAAAAUUUUGUGCAUCCGUUGCUAAAGUGAAUCUUUUACAUGCUAUAGACUGGACAUUUUUAAUACUUUUACAUCCUAAAUCAAAAGGAGCAGUUAGAUUAAGAAGUAAAAAUCCUUUAGACGAUCCGAUUGUGAUUGGUGGUUAUUUUAGCAACGAGGAUGAUGUUGAUGAAUUCAUGAAGGGAUUGGAGUUCAUGCAAAGAUUAAUGAACACGUCUUACUAUAGGAGUGCCAAAGGCAAAAUGAUACAGUUGGAUGUAAAAUCUUGUCACUCGUUAAUAUUUAAUACAUAUGAAUAUUGGCGAUGUUACAUUAAAAAUACUGUAACAAUACUUCAGCAUGCAGUUGGUACGUGUGCGAUGGGACCUGGUGGAGUGGUGGAUGAGAGAUUGAGGGUGCAUGGCAUUCGUGGUUUACGGGUAGUCGAUGCAUCGAUUAUGCCUGAAAUUUCCGGUGGGAAUACAAAUGUACCCACCAUUAUGAUAGCUGAGAAAGCUGCUGAUAUGAUAAAAGAAGAUUAUGGAGUAUUACUUUUUAGAUAAAAAACACAUACCGACAAACAUAGAACUGCGUUAUUCUUUGAAAUAGUGCAUUAGGACUGUUCCAACUUGUCACAAUUGUGUUGUAGAAGUUACAGCGAAA